UUAAUUUUGUUUACGCUACACGAAUUAUUAAAAGUCCAAAGCAUAUCGAGAAGAGUUGCGACAUCACCUAUUGAAAUAUUCUAAGAAGAUAUUGAUAUUUUAGGAAUAGGAUUGUGAAUUUUGCAAACUAGCUUUACAAUAUAGUAUCCGGAGUGUUAUUAUUAGUAAUCGGAAUUAUAGUCAAAAUCUGAAAACACAAUUUGUAGAAAAUACUAUCUAUUUUUUUCUGAGAUGUAUAUUUUACUUUCUUGGAUAGUAAUUUCAGUCUAUCUUUAAAUUUUACCAUCUUCUACCAAACUAAAAACUUAAGAAAGUAGACUUGAAAAAAAUAUCUAUGCUAGAUGGUAUUUCUCUUGUAAGGUCGUAGAAUCUUAACACACUAUUGUCGAAAAUAUAGUCCAAUUUUUUUCACGGUGCAGUGAUGAAUCUUAUCUUACAUUUUUUUUGCAAAAAUAUGAAAAGAAAAAUAUUUGUGGAAAAUACACUCUAAGUUUUUAUCUUUCGGUGGUGCAGUCGUUUUAAUUAUAUUAAAACAUGAAAUGAAAAGGAAAUUAUAGUGUUUAAGAAGAAUAUAGAAUUUAUGUAUAUUUCACUAAAAAAAGUAGAGUUCUAUCUAAAAAGUUUUAUAACUUAAUAUAAAAUAUUUCAAUGCUAUAAAAUAAUUUUAUUCAGACCAAAAUUUUAUCGCUAGAUUUAUAGUGUUAUAUAUCACUGUAGAUGCAGAGUUUAAACCCAUUGAUAUAUACAUCAUGUACAUUCGUAUGCUUGCACACUUAGGAUAAGUUUGGUGGGGGUUGAGGGGAGAAAUAUACGGUGAAAAUAAUUUAAUUGGGUGUAUUAAAUGGAUGUUUUAUAUAUAAUUUUGAGGGAAAUGUUUUCAAUUUUUCCCAGAUAUUUAGCUCUUAUUUGAUCUUUGGUGAAAAAUCCUUUGGUGCAUCGUCCUCUCUCUUUCUGUUGAUUCUGUGGGAAAUGUUGUCUCAAGUAGUAUACAUCUGCGUUUGUCAUCUCGUCAGUAGUGUAAUGAUUGUGUAUGGAUGAGAUUUGAUUAACUUGUGCCAUCACAUUAUUUCUUUGCAGUAUUGCUAACCCCCCAACUCCCCUAUAUAGAGUGGAUUUCCCCAUUCAUUCUGGCUCUAUGUGCUAUGCACUUAUAUAAAUGUAUGUGUAUGUAUGGCAAAAAUGGAAAAGUCGUCAUCGUCGGAGCUUUUCUCUCGUACUAACGGAGAGAGCUUUCACUGUAUACGACACUUCAUUCAAUGCUAUAGAACUUGGUGAUGAUUUUCUAUAUAAAUUUAUAUAUGCAUAUAUAUAUAUGUAUACACGCACACACACACACUUUCAAAAAGAAAAUUUUGGUAAGCUGGUUCGGAAAGUGUUCGGUCAAUUUCUGAGGAUUCUCGUUGGAUGUAUCUCUUGCUCCUCAGACUACCACCAUCCGUGAGAUUUGUCCGUGAAUUAAAAUGUGAAGGAAGGGGAAUGAUAUCUUCGAGGUGAAAUCGUCUCUUUCGGCGUCGUUGGGUGCAGGGCGUUCAAGAAAAGCUCCGCUCUCUGGUGGAGCUUUUUAUACUUGAGCUUGUAUAUUGACUCAGAUCACCCUCUGUGUGCAUUUAUAUCUGACAUGAGCGACCAAGAGAGGAGCCCGUCAUUUUCCCUCGAACUAUCUCAACUGCGCCGACGUCACCAGAGUCGCUAGUGAGCCCCCCAUAUUCCAAUUUCUGAGCUUUCAGCAUCCAUUUCAGACAUUUUCCGACCCUGGUGGUCUGUCGCACUUGCGUAAGAGCCCACAGUGAUAGGCACCAAUCGAUGCUCCACCAUCGUCAUCCAUAGUAUUCUACAACAGCAGCGGGUAGUGACCCAAUUUGGGGCGGGUGGACCGUUUUCUAGAUUUGUAAUUCACACAUUAAAUACUACAAGCAAAUUGCAUACAACGUUCCUACAGGAACACACAACGGCCCACGGAGUACACGUUAAAUGCAAAGAGAUAAGUGCGGUUUCACGAAAAAGUUGUGCAAAUUCUGUGAGAAGAGAAAAAAAAGUGAGUGUGUGAAAAAAAGAAGAGAAAAAGUGGCAGAUUUCUCAUCUUGUCCCCUGCUGCAAAUAACAAGAGCUUAAGUUUGCAAAAAAAGCAUUAAUAGAGGAGGAAAAGGUUAAAUUAAUGCAAAAAUUGUGUUGGUGUAUGUGUUCGAAAUAGUUUUUCUGGGUACUUUUUUCUCUUAUCUUCCUUCCUGGACGAGAUUUUGAGGUCCCGUGGAGUCAGGGAAGAGUGAAGAAGAGGAAAAAAAAGUUGCCCCAAAAGAAGCGCGCCUUGAGGGGUAAACUUUUGUGGGAAGGAAAGGAAAAAAAGCUUCUAGGAACUUUGGUGGAAGCACAAUCUAAGAGAAGUAAAAAAAAAGGAGUCAGAUUCGACAAGAGUGCUCAUAUCGAUAGGGAAAAGUGAGAAAAAAAGUGAGAAAAAUCAUCACUUUCCCCACAAAAGUCCCCCAAACUCCCCUACAUAUACAUCAUCGCAAAGUCUUCUGCGAGUUGGAAAUUUGGUGUGAGAAAAAAACCCAUUGGUUUUUCUUCUGUGUAAUUUCCUCCAUAAUUUGCAAUUUAUCUAGUGUUUCUGCGUGAGUGUGUGUGAGAUAGAAGAGAAGAAAAAAAAUGUUCAUCAAAAUUGGAUAAUAUGAAGUUCGAUUGUCCAAUCCCUUCAUCAACGAAGAUGAUAUAAAUUUUCCGGUUUCUCUUGAGAGACGAUGUCUUACGACACCCUUGGGGUGUCUGACGCAAUGUUGGACUCACUCAGUUUACAAUUGCGGGAGGCAGAAGCUCGACGGGCUGAAGCUGAAAGAGCACAUCAGGAAGCUCUGGCUCAGCUGCGAGGAAUGACUUCUGGUUUAUCGAGAACGGGAGAGCCUCUCGAUGCUUUACAAUCAAAAGCCCGAGAAUUGGAAAAGAAGGCCGCGCUAGAAACAGUAAGAUGUGAAGAACUUCAAUUAGAACUAUCUGCUGCAAUUAAAUCCAAAUCGGGACGACCACAAGUGACUGUACCACCCGCCACUGUAACAUGGGCCCCGACUUCGGGUUCCGAAAUAGAUAGAAUAAUGGCAAAGAUCGAACAGGCACGUUUAUCAAUUGCUAAUGACAAUCGUAUACUAGCUGAAUUAGAACAUCCUCGAACCACGGGUCCUGGCGCUUCGUCAAUUGGAGCGCCUCCCACUUCACUAGGCGGUGGAUUAUCCUCUACCCUGUGUCCAACGAGCAUAUCAUCGGUGACUGGGGGCGCGGGCGCUUCCUCAUUCGCGGCAGUCAUCACGUCAAGCACAAGUAGCCAUGCACUGACCACAACUGACGGGAUACUAAGUAGUGCCGCAGCUGCGGGCUCGGCAGCAGCCGCAGGAGCUGGAGGACCAUCGGCCACGUCUUUUCCCGGAGCCAAUGUUUCGCCACUGCCGGUCAGGGCACAUCCAAUUAGCACUAUGCCACCCCUAUGUCAGAGUACCACAAUGCCCGUCCUAUCACUUCACAAUACGUACCCUCUGCCAUCGGGUUCUGCUAGCUACACUCUUGGCCUGAGCGGUGCACCAGGAGCCUCAUCGUACACCUAUGGUGCUACAGGCGGUUCAGCUGGGGUUAGUUCCGUUUUGGGUGCUGCAGGACUUACGGGUGCCACAUCCACGAGUUUGAUUGGCACAAGUGGUCUUGCAGGACUUGGUGGAACGUCACUGUCUUCGGGACUUGGUGGCUACAAUACCUCCUCUUAUUCUACCUACACAAAUCCGUUGCUUACUUCCGGCGCCAUGAAUGUCAAACUGAAAUCACUGGAUGAGAUUGAUUUGGGUCUGGGACGAUAUGGAAAUAGAGCUGGAACACCAUGUUCUCCAAUUCCACCGGCAUCUUGGGGGUUGGACAGUUAUUCUGGUUUAGAUGGUGUAAAUCCAACUUUUAUGCAUACCCAACGUCCACUCUCUCGCCUCGGUGGAUUGGAUAUGGACAGUCGACAGCAUGGCUUCUUAGCUUUAAAUGGGACGGGAGAGCCACAAGUUGACAUGCUGGAUAUACCAGGGAAGGGGAGAUGCUGCGUUUUUAUUGCACGAUUCUCUUACGAUCCACCAGAUGAGUCUGAAGGCGAAUUAUCACUCUGUGCUGGGGACUAUCUUCUUGUGUGGGGAAGUGGAGAACCACAAGGUGGUUACUUUGAUGCUGAAUUACUCGAUGGUCGUCGUGGUUUGGUCCCAGCAUCAUUUGUUCAGCGUUUAAUUGGUGAUGAUUUGUUGGAGUUCCAUCAAGCUGUUGUGACAACCCUGAGAGAUGCCGAUGAUGCUCCGGUGCCUUUAGAUCCGGCCCCUCUUCCACCCAAUAAUCCUCUGAUGACACAUACUUCAGAAGAUAUGGCGAGAUUGAGUGAGACGCAUGGAGAUCUCGGUCCAGACCAAUUGGAAGAUGAGGCUGAUACAGCAGCUGACUUAAUGUUCUCCGUGCUAGUUCCUGCACCCCGACAUCUAACACUGGAACGCCAAUUGAACAAGAGCGUCCUCAUUGGAUGGUCAAUGCCGGAGCCGGCGGGAUACAAUCAAAUAGAAAGCUACCAUGUCUACGUGGAUGGUGUCCUAAAGGUGACUGUGAAAGCUAAUGAGCGCACCCGUGCUCUCGUUGAAGGUGUGGAUUCCACACGGCCGCACAGAAUUAGUGUUCGUAGCGUGACACAGAACAGGCGUACUUCACGUGAUGCCGCAUGCACCAUGAUUAUUGGCCGUGAUACAUCCCACUUGGGUCCAUCAGCAGUGCGAGCUAGCAACAUUACCUGCUCCUCAGCAGUCAUAUCAUGGCUUCCAGCCAAUUCUAAUCAUCAACAUGUAGUCUGUGUAAAUAAUGUGGAGGUUCGAACUGUUAAGCCUGGUGUCUAUCGUCACACAAUUACAGGAUUGGCUCCAAGCACCCAGUACCGCGUGACAGUGAGAGCUAAACAUUUGAGAGCACCUGGGCAGAAUCCACCUCCAGCUCCGCCACCUGAAGAGGCUCCCGGUGCAUAUACCGAUUUCCGCACAUUAGCUAAAGGACUGCCAGAUCCACCACAACGUGGUCACUUUCAGGAAAUACAAGUUGAAGCUGGUCCACAAGACGGAACUCUCCUCGUGACAUGGCAGCCUGUCUCGAGACCACCAUCGUCUGGUCCCGUGACAGGAUAUGCUGUGUACGCGGAUGGAAAGAAAGUCACUGAUGUGGACUCACCAACGGGUGAUCACGCAUUAAUAGAUAUAGGAAAGCUAGUGGGACUGAAUCCAAAAGCUGUCACCGUUCGUACCAAAUCUAGGGACUCACAGUCGUCCGAUAGUCAGCCAACAGCUAUUCCAAAUGUAGUUCGAAAUGCAGCGCGAAAUCGUGCACAACACGCACCACACACCGGAAUUCCGCCACACAUGCGUUCUCAGCGACCAGGUCCGCAGCAACAGCAGCCACAGCAGCCAGGGAUGAUGCAGCAACAGAAUCCCGGCCAAAUGCAAAUGAAUCAGCAAAUGCCAAUGACACAGCAACAGCAACAAGUCAUAGAGCAUGACGAGAAUUUGAGUGACAAGGAGGUUUUUCCCGGUUCAAUGCAUCAGCAACAUGGAUUAAUGCAGGGUAGUCAGCAAGUUCGUGGUGGUAGUGGUGGUGGAAUACCUGCCAUUGAAAUCACUAAAGAUGGACCAGGGGAUACAACUUAUGUAAGUGAUGAUAGUGAAUAUCAAGAGACGGGGCGCCGACGAAGUGCCCCUGCAGCACAUCAGACACAGUCACAGGGAUAUCAAAGCAAUCCGAUGUCACGCAACCCCGCCGAUAGAGUACGACCACAGAAUCCUGGUAUGGGUCCAAAUCAGCAGCAACAUCAACAGAUGGGGCAGCAGCGUCCGCAGCAUACGCAACAGAUGCAGCAACAAAUGCAACAGCAAAUGCAGCAACAGCAACCAUUCUAUGGCGGCCCCUCGACGGCUGGUGUACAGCAGAGGGGUCCGAUGCAGCAACAACAACGUGUGGGAAUGAUGCAGGGACGUGGUCCAAUGUCACAGCAACAGCAACAGCAGCAAAUGAAGAAGGCACGGUAUUUUAUGGCAAUGUUUGACUAUGAUCCCAGCACCAUGAGUCCAAAUCCGGAUAGUUGCGAAGAGGAACUGCCGUUUCAAGAGGGUGACACGAUCAAAGUGUAUGGUGACAAGGACCCGGAUGGAUUCUAUUGGGGUGAACUUCGUGGACGCCGUGGCUAUGUGCCUCACAAUAUGGUGACGGAAAUUGAAGAGGGACAAGUGGGGGCUCAGGGUGGUGUACCACUCACAACUGGAACAACUCAGAGUGUCCGUGGUGUCAGUCGAGAUCGCUGGGGUGACAUUUAUGCCACAUCAUCGGUUAAGCGAAUGAUUGCACUCUAUGACUAUGAUCCGCAAGAGCUCAGUCCCAAUGUUGAUGCCGAGGUGGAGCUCAGUUUCAAGACUGGCGACGUUGUCCUCGUGUACGGUGAGAUGGAUGAGGAUGGCUUCUACAUGGGCGAACUGGAUGGUGUGCGUGGCCUUGUGCCGUCCAAUUUCCUGGCUGAGGCGCCCGAACAGUACAAUAAUCAAAUGGCGGCCGGCGGCAUGGGGCGGGGCGGCAUGAACAAUCGCGGUGGCAGGACGUCAGCACCUGGUGGAUCGGGGCCAGGUGCCCGGGGUCCACCUCCACCGCCGCGGGACAACAUGAAUAUGGGACCAGUGGGUGUGAAUCAGCGUGGUCAGCAAAUGAGAAAAGAUGCUCGCCCUACUUCCCCUACACUGUUAGACACCACGGGCCACCCUGCCCCCGAUCACCAAACGCAGGGGAUGCUGGGGAAAGGAGGGAUGAUCGGUCGCGGGAUCGGUAUUAAUAUGCAACAGCAGCCAGGGCAGCAGAAGAUGCAGCAACAGCAACAGCCGGGUCAGCAGCAGAUGGGACAACAGCAAAUGGGUCAGCAGUCGAUGGGUCAGCAGCCGAUGGGUCAGCAGCAAAUGGGGCAGCAGCAAAUGGGGCAGCAACAAAUGGGACAGCCGAUGGGGAUGGGCAUGGGUGGUAUGCAAUCGAUGCAGCAGCAACAGCAACAGUAUCCGGCGACUACGACGAGUGCACCCCAGAGCGGUGGGAUGUUCUCGACGGCGUCCAGUUUGUUCUCGGGUGCAACCAAUGCGGCCACAGGUGGGCUGUUCAAUAAGCAGCCGCCAAAGGGUGUGCCGCAGGUCAUUCCGCAGCCAGGGAUGACCCAACAGCCAUUUGGCGGCCAGCCGACUGGUCAGAUGGGUGGCGGUGUUGGUGGUAUGGGUGCCUUCGGUGGCGGCCUCCAGGGCGCCCAACAGCCACAGCAGCCCGGAAUGCCGGGUCAACAGGGCCCCAAUCUCAUGCAAAAAUUGAAUGAGAUUACGGCGCCCGGUGGUGACAUCCUGUCCAAAGGCAAAGAACUGAUUUUCAUGAAAUUCGGUCUUGGCGGCAAAUAACCCCGACCGCCCCGUUUACUAGUUAAUCGUCUCGAUAUGAUGUGCCCAUGCCCCCAUGAGGCUGGACUCGGCGUCACAUCGUUGUUCUUGUUGUUACUGACACCGUUGUUGAUAUUGAUUAAUAUUGAUAAUAGAAAUUAUAACAAAAUUCUUAUUGACGAUAAUAAUGACGAUUAUGAUAAAGAUCUUACGCACAUUAUUUCUGCUUCUGAGCGGAUUCCUUUCAAAUUCCUUUCUUACCUUUUCAGCUAUUGAAACAUUAUUAUUACCAAAAAAUAAAUCCUUUAAUCUUAUAUCUUACAUAGCUGAUUCGUAAUUUUUGCGCCAAUUUUGUGACUCAUUUUCCUAGUCCAUUGCGAAAAUCCUUUCCGCAAAACCGCUCUACCUACACUGUGGUUUAAAAGUGUACAGAUAAGUGCCCGGAAUUUGCAUUUUAUCAUUCUUACAGACGUACUCUACUUUUGGAAUGUCAUUUUAUUAAAUAAAUAAAAAGCAUAGCAAGAAUUGAGGGAAAAAAAAACAUUAUCGAAACUUUUAAUGAGACCUCUUAAUGCCCAACGCACAAUAAGUUUUAUUUAUUAAACAUGUUUUUGAAAUUUCAAUGAGAGUGAAUGAGAUCUAGAUGUAGUCAUCUCGCUCAUUCUCAUAGGAAAUUUUGAAAACAUGUUUACAAACAAAAGUUAUUGAGCGCUGGUCAUAAUGCUCUAAAAUUCUUAAUUAGUAUUUUAUCGGUGUUUUGUAAAAAGCCAAAUUCAGUGCAAUUUAUUUAACGUGACAUUAAGUGAGGAACAGGUUUUAAGGGGUGCAUUUAACCUACGUGUUUCAUGGUCUGGAAACCAUACUUUUUGAAAUUGUUGAUUUUUUUAAAAAUAAAACAGAGCAUACAGGAUAAAUAAACCCAAAAAUUCACUGUUUAUUUAGCGGAAUUAUUAUACAAAUGCAAUUUUAAUUAAAAUGCGUAUAUUAACCAUCUAAAUUUUUUUUAUUUUUAAUAAAUUAUGAUAAAUUAUUUUUCGCAUAAUUUAAUUUUUUAAAACCAAUAUCUAAUGUAUAGAAACUUUUCUUAUUUCUAUAAAAUUGGUAAUAUAUGUUUAAAUGAAAACCCAUAUUAAAUUUCGGACGAAAAAAUAAUUUUAUCGUAAAUACUUAGCAUAAUUUCAUAAUAAAAAAAUUAUUAAACCUUUUCAUUGUAUCAAAUUUCUUUUAAUGUAAGUCCUACUUUAAGAGAUAAAGCUUAUAAUGCCUAAAAUUUUGAAUUUGAUUUUUAAAGGUUAUUCGUAUUUAAAUAAUAUCCAAACUUUUAAAUUAUUCCAGUUCAAGGGUUUUUUUUAGGAGAUUUCGUUCCAUUAACCCUUUAACGACGAGACAGUUUUCGCGGACAGAAAAUCAGCAAUAAAAAUGAAACCAAUGAACAAAACCAGUAAAAGGUCUUAUAUCUGGCCUUCGAAAAGUCAACAGAGUCUGAUUUGGUGUAUUUUUUGUCUCUAUGAACGAUAGGGACAAAAAUAGCCUAAAAAUUUAAGUAAUUUUUCUGACAAUACUAAUGAAUGAUAAUUUUCAAUCUAAUGAAAAAUAUUAUGUUUCAGUAUUGUAGUUUCUUUUCCCAAAAAGGUUUUGCUUAAAAAAAAUUGGAAAUAUAAAAAAUAUUUAAAAUUAAUUUUCAUUAUGAGAAUUUAAAAAUUCGUAAUUUUUGAGCUUAAAAAUUUACUAUAGAGCAAAUAGCUGGAGACUUCCAAAAAAUACCCUAGAUUCCCUCAACCUUCUUCUUUGCAAUUAUGUACAAACAUAAAGAAAAAAUAACUUUAGGUAGUCAGGAAAAAUUAUUUUCUUUGUGGGACACCGGUGUUCCAAUCGUCCUUAAAGGGUUAAUAAUUGAUCAAAAUCUUUAAAUCCGUAUUCAGGGACAAAGACUUUAAAUUUAAAGGUUUUGAGGUACACUUGAGUUUAAUUUAAAGUCUACUCUCCAUAGGGUAAGUGUACCAAAUUUCGACCAGCUUGCAAUUUCGACCACUUCUUUGGUCCUCAAAUUUCUAUGAAAAUAAAAUUAAAAAAAUAAGUGUCGCUUCGACGAACGAUAUGACGUGAGGAAAGCUAAAAGAAUUCCGAAAGGCAAGGAACUAUGAGAAUGAAGAUGGCCGAAAUUUUACUCAAAGCCAUGUAUAUAUAUUUAUUAAUUUGAAAAUGCAUUAACACUGCUUUUAGAGAAAACAAAGACGAUAAACUCUCUACAAGGUUCCAAGCAACACUCCUUAAAAGAAAGUAACAAAAAAUUAUUUGUAUUAAAAAUAUUACAUUUCAAUCUUGAGACUUUGGUGUUUACAUGCAACUAUGCCAAAAUUUUGUACAGUUAGGGUAAGUGUGCCAAAUUUCGGCAUAGUUGCAUGCAAGCGUCAAAGUCUCAAGUUUGAAAUGUAAUAUUUUAAAUACAAAUUGAUUUUUUUAUUCUUUCUUUUGUAAGAAUGUUGCUUGGAACCUUGUAAAGAGUUUACCGUCUUUAUUUACUCUAAAAUCAUUCUUAGUACAUUUUAAAAUAAAUAAAAAUAUAGACAUAGCUUCGGUGCCCUAUUUCGGCCACCUUCAUUCUCAUAGUUCUUUGCUCUUCGGGAAUUCUUCCAAUAUCUUUUUCAUGUCAUCUCGUUUGUCGAAGCUACAUUUUUUGUUAUUCUUUUGCAUUGUAUACUCUCUAGAGUACGUAAAAUCUAAAAGUUCAUGGAAAUUCGAGGAACAAAAAAGGUGGCCAGAAUUUGGCACACUUACCCUACCCUAAUCCAAUUCUGUGAUAGUUCUUUAUUGUUUUUAAUAGGAAAUGUUUCUAAGUUUAAUUAAAAUAUUUUAGGUAAAAAAAAUGAAAAAUUCAUUCUCAUAAAAUAUCUUAGUACUAUCGUGCUUUUUAUUGGCUGGGGCUUGAAAGCAUUCGAAGCAUUGAAAGCUCUAGUUAGCCAAUCAAAUAAUUUGAUAGGCCUAAAAUAUUUAAAAUAAUGAAAGAUUUCAUUUCAAGUGGAUAAAGGAAAAUAUUCAAACUUCUUUUAACCAUAAAAUUGAGAUGAAAUCUCCAAAAGUCGAAUACGUCUGACUACGUGACUAUUACUGCAUCAUAAUAAUUUUUUAAAAUAUAUUUUUUGAUAUCCAAUAUGUCAGUCUUAAUUAGAAUUGAUUCAAGACUAAAUCGUGAACUUUAGCUUACAUUUUUGAACGACAGUGUAGUUGCCUCUCUAGUUAGAUUUUUUUUAUUUUAAAUUGGUGAUACAUUAUAUCAGAAUAAUUUACUAUACGACAAGAUAUGAGCCUCAAAAAAAAAUGUAUGCGUUUGAAUUGCUACACACUGUCUGCAAGAAAUAUGUAUAGAAAGAACAAUGGAACUAACAAAGGUCUCAAAUAUAUUUAUCAUGUAAUCAAAAUCACAUUUCAGCUUGCAAUAAUAUUACAAGAUACACCAAGAAGAAAAUAUACUCCAAAAUGUAACGCAGUUAAACAAAAAAAAAAUGAAACAAAAUUCUUUGAAAAAAAAAUAAUGAAAAAUCAUGUCCAUAAAAAAGCCACGGAAAUGUUACCAAAAAUAGAUGAGAUGACAUGUUAUUUAAUACAUUUCAGCUAAAUGUAAUUAAUAAAUAAAUACAGAGAUAUCGAGAAUAGGAAAAAAAUAAAGGGUUGAAAAUUUUUAAAGUAAAAUUGCUAGUUGGUAGGAUUUUUUAUAGAUUGACUUUCAUUUUAUACCCGAUGACGAAGUGAAGUAUAAAAAAAAAAUGCGUAUUCUUUCCUCUCUUGAGUAAUGUGAAGAGCGCAAGUUGGAACAUAUCAGUAUUGUUCACAAGAGAAGUUGUGUUUAUUGUAUGUGUUUUUUGCCUAGAAAAUCGCGAGAAUGGAAAAAUUUUCUUUUCAUUCCCUCAACUAGCAAUUUUCCACAUGAACGUUAUCAUUUAACAAUUUCACAUUUUGAAACAUCGCCUCCCUCUCUUAAAACCCAUCACAUGGCUGGCUGGAAUGGUGAGAUAACCACGUUGCAAUAUAAUACUUGAGGGUUGGAAAGUUAUUGGAAUUUCGGAUAAAAAAAAAGAUGAAGAAAGAGUAUCAGAAAAAUAUUGAAAAAAAAAAUACUAACAUUAAAGAAAAUACCAUAAAUAAAUAUGCUGUAUUGAAUCCUUGUGUUUGACUUACGUGUACAUAAAUGAAAUAACGUGAAAAUAUAAAAAGAAGAAAUUGUCAUAAGAACCAGAAAAAAAGAUAUCUGACAAUAUUUACCACAUUUUCGACAUUUUAUUAAAACGAUCAUCAUUUCUACAUUCAAUAAUUUACUACAUAAAACAAAUAAAUAAAUUCUUUUCCACAUACGCAUACAUACGCUCAUUAUAAAUCAUGUUAAAAUAAUGAAAAAAAAGGAAUAAAAAUAGAUAAAACAGCUCAAGUACAAUAACAAAUAUCUUACUGAAUGAGAAAAAAAGAUUUUAAAAAUCACAAAGCUAUAUGAUAAAUAUUUUAUUAAUGCGUUUUAUUGAAUUACAUUGCAAUAAAAGUCUAUCAAAUAUUUACAUCUAUAGUGACAUGAAAAAAAAACAUAGUGAAGAAGAAAGUUGUUGUGAGACUUCAUCAUUAACUAUUAAGUGAUACCCAAUGAAAAAUCGUAGAACCAGCAAAAUUUCACUCAAGAUUUCACUUCAAAAUCUCUAAAAAAAAUGAACACACUUUAAAAAGAAAUUGCUACUAAUGAAUACACAAAUUCCCCAUUGACGCUUUUUUUCUUAUAUAAAUCUGUAUUUGGCAUAACAUCUACAACUAAAAAUCUUUAAUACUAAAAUAUGCAGAUGACACCUAAAAAUGGAAUAACCUUAAUCUCAACUUUAACCUUCUUCAUACAAUUUUCAUACGAUACACUAACCCAUUUCUCAAAGAAACGCAGAGAGGAAACCUUUCACACUCCCACAAGUACAGACGCGUGAAAUAUUCCGUAAUGUAAAAUCUUGUGAUUGAAAACUUAUUAAAUUUUUAUUUAAUACACUGAGAGAAAUCCGAAAAAGUUAAAAUAACCAUCCGGAAAUGUUAAUUUUACCCUGCAGUAUUGAUCCGAAAUCGGUGUAAAUAUUACCCUUUUUAGGUGUAGUAGGGGUUAAAGGUACCCUUUUUCAUGUUAAUUUUACCCUUAAUAAGGUGUAAAAUUAACAUUAAAAAAUGUUGAUAUAUUCUUACAUCCAAAAAGUGUUAAAGUUAUGAGGAAAAAAUGUUAAUCGCACCCUCUUUUUUUUCUCAGUGUAUAGAAAGCAAAAAAGUUUAAUUUCAGAUGUGGCAUUCAAUUACAUUUUAGUUUUUAGUCUCUUUUUAAUUUAAAUUUAGUCAGUAAGUACUUUUUUUUUAAUUUUAUACGUCAUUUUAUUUUGCAGGUUUGAUAUCGAUAUCAUAAUGCCCUAGGCACACUGACGAGUUAAGCCGAGAAACGACUUAAUGUAAUUAUAAUCAAAAUAAUGAUUAGAUUACAUUUCCAUCAGUUUCUGACUAAUCCGUCUUUCAGCUUAAGCCGAGAAAUGGCUUAUUUAGUGGAAAACUGACGGGAAUUUAGUCAAAUGAUUAUUUUGAUUUAUAAUACGUUAAGCCGUCUCCUGGUUUAAGUCGUAACUGUGUCUAAGACGUAAGAGCCUUGACAGACCUGAGGAUUAGCCGAAAGACGACUUAGCGUAAUUAUAUUAGAAAUAAUGGUUAAACUACAUUUUCAUCAUUUUCCACUAAGUCGUCUCUCGGCUUAAGUCGUAAGUGUGUCCAGGGCAUAAGGGUCAAAUAUAUAGAACCAGCUGCUUAAAUAGUGAUGGUAUACUCUGCUAUCAAUAACCAAAGCACCCAUUAAAAUAGGUGCCAAUAAAUUGUCUUGACUGUGGAACUUGUUUUCUUCAAUAUCGGAAAAUCCUCGUGAAAAUCAAAUAUGAACAGCCUCUUUUCAAGGGAGUCUAACCCCGCUACUUACAUUUAUAACGAGAUUACUCGAUGAUCACAGUGAAUCGUCGCCUAAGUUCCAAUAAGAGUAUUUCGGCUGUGGAACUUGUUCUAGACAUUGCGUAACUCGCGCAUGUUUAAGUAUAAGUACCCUCUAAUCGAGUGAGUUUAAGCCACUACCUAUAUUUGUAACGGGAGUACUCGAUUAUUACCCUGGAUUCCCGUGUUAGUUCUAUUGAGAGUACCCAGAUUGUGGAACUUAUUCAAUGAAUCCGUAUUCCUCGAGAGACAGUGGGUCGAUCCUAGCAAUUAGGAAAUAUUUUGUCUAAUACGUCACUUAUAAAUGACAGACUAAUCACUUACCACCAACCACUGUUCCAUAUCACUAAAUCUCAGCAUCUUGACUGUGGAAUUUAUUCAGCACUUAGGUUGCAAAUAAACUAGAAAGAUUGCUAUGAUUUCAAGUGUGGAACUUCUUAUAUGUGGUUUCAAAGAAACGUAAAUUGGGACACAGAAUCCAUAGCACGCAUAUUUAAAGUCAUUGUGUUCUACAUUCGAAAAAAAAUCCAUUUUACAAGUUUUACAGUCGAAAUACUCUCACUGACAAUUAGGUGAUAACGUGAAUCAUGUUGACUAUGCGAGGAAGUUAUUUUUGUAUAAACUAUACGUCACAGAUUCAAAAAAUUGGUACCAGGGGUUCAAGUAUUGAACAUGUUCCACAGUCGAAACACUUCCUCGGUAAUUUAGAUCCUGUUUUAGAUUAUUGAAAUUCAGAUAUCCCCGUCCCGAUUUUAGUGAAAAGUCAGUUUUGAUGAGAAUGUGUUGUAUAUUUGGCCCUUAGGGGCUUAAAUAUUGAAUAGGUUCCAUAAUCGAGACUUUUCAUUUGGAAAAUAAACAAUGAUGUGGAACAUUGAAAAUCGAAUGUAUCACUCUAAUCUAAGUUACGGGUGAGUUUCUCGAUCAGUGGGUACUUUAUACUUGGCCUUUAUUUGAUAGAGAUUGUUGGAAUAACUGCUUAAAUUCUAACAGAUCUCACAUGAUCUCACACGUUUAUUAAUCAUCUAAACCCCUGUCGUAGUUCCUGUGAGAGUGUCUCGAGUUGAGGCUUUUAUAAUUCUUCAGUAUCAGAUUUAAGAUCAAAUUCCGGUUUAUAUUAUGAGCAGCCUUCUGGUGUGGGAGAAUCUCAUUGUGACAACACUAACGAUCGAGUAUGGAAUACGUUCCACAGUCGAGACACAUAGCCAAUCUGAAGGUGGUGCAGAUUAUUGGAAAAAUUAUGAAAAUGGGAUCAUUGGACCUUCUGGCCUUAUACACUACAGAAAUUUAUGUCCAUAUUGAAGCAAAUUCUCCACACUUGUACAGGAAAAACUCUUCAAUAUGGACAUAAAUUUCUCUAGUGCGUAGAGGCCAAUAGACUCCCUUUAAGAGCAGUUGUCAAUAUCCUUUAACUUUUGAUACGCAGAAAUUAUAUUAAUUUUGCAUUUUAUGUUUUAUGAGUUUCCUUUACGAGAUUUUACUUCACAAAAUACUUCUUUCCCCUGUACCAUCUGCUCAAAUAAAAUUUAAUAAACACAACAACACUUUUGAAAGAAAUACUACACCCUAAAAGUUUCACGUCAGCUCAAUGAAUAAAAAAAAAAACAAAAUUUAUUAAAGAAAAAGAUUAUUUGUCUGUUAAUAUAUAUACUAUUGUUAUGGGAUCCACAGGAUGAUCGACGUAUGAACAGAGAGAAAUGUUGUGGAGAGGUGAAAAAAUUAUGAUAAAAGAAUACUAAAAAAAAAUUCAGUUCGGUGCCUUCUGAAUGUUUGACGCGCGGAUUGAUCAGCCAGUUCAUUUGUAUAUUCCCUUUUCCAAAUUUUCUCCAGCACCUUAAGCUCUCAAUUAAUCAUUCCUCAAUGUUUAGAAUUCUCAUUUCCUUAAGUCAUAACUACGUCCCACCCCACCCUUUCUUUAAGAAUAUGAAAAAUUAGUUAGAUUUUGUACAUUUUUCGACGUAAAAGAUUAAACCUUUACAAAAAAGUAAAAAAAAAACAAAUUGGGAAUAUAAAAUAAACUAUUGUGAUCUUUCCAAUUGAUCGUGCAUGGCUAAAUCACUUCAAUAUAUUAUAUUUAAAGAAAAGAGAUGAAAAAAGUAUAAGAAAUUAAAAAAAAAUGAAAUAAAGUAUAUUAAAUUAAAAAUAUAUAUUUCACUGUUAUUCAAAUCGUUUUAUACGCGGACAUAUCAAAGCUACCCCGCGACCACACCUUACUAUUUAGAGAAAAAAAAUGAUGAUGAUGAAUACCCCAGACAUGAUAGUGUGAGGAAAUCGUAGGAAAACCAAAGAUUAUACCCUGUUCCCUGAGAUAAGAAAGAAAAGAUCGCCCUUCCACUUUAAUUAAAUGACAAAAAAAUAUAUAUUAAAAAGAUAUGUUUAAUAAAUUAUGUAGUAUCCCUUCGCUAUCGUCUCCUGCGCAAAAAAGGCAAAAUUUAAGCAAAUAAAAUUGAAAAAAAAAGAAAAUGAACAACUUUCCUCUUAACACUUUCGCAUACUCCUCUCUAGAUCAUUGCAAACGUCUCUUCUGCACUGGAAUUUUACAAACAGAAAAAAAUUAACUUUGAAUAUGCCUCUCGUAAAUUUUCAAACUUUUCGAAAAUUUUCGGUAUUCAUUUUCUAUGUUCGAAAAUUCCGUUGCAGACGCCAUCAUUCUAAACACAAAAAUCGUGUGUUUUCAUUUCGACGCAACAAAUAAAAUAUCACUAUUUAUUUUCCAAAUACAAAAUAUCUAACUCUUUUCGUAAAUAAUUUUCAUCGUAGUUCUUCUUUGUAAAAAAAAAAAAUUAAACCAAAAAUGUGAAGAAAGAUAAAUUAAGUAAUUGUAAUGAUGGAUAAUUGAAAGACAUUUUUACUGAUUAAAACAACAACAUCCUAUAUCAUUUAUUAAACUUCACUGUAUAAAAGAAUAUUAAUUGAUGAGCAAAAUAAAUAAGAGGCAGGUUCCAGAGGUAUUUCAAAAAAAGUAAAAUGCCUCUGGACAAAAGAAAUACCAUAAGAGGGAAAGUAUUAAAAAAAGAGAAAGAUCAUCACUGAGAAAGUUGGCAUAACACAAAAAGAAAUUCAACACUACUAUUACACUAAAACAUUAUUAAAAAAAAAGAAAAAAUAUGAUAAAAAAUGAAAGGAUGGAGAAAAUAUAUAGAUUAUUGAAAUAAACCCAAAAAAUAUAAAUUAAAAAAAUGUAAUUGAUGACUAUAUGCUUGACUUUGUAAAACUUGUGUAAUUUGUAAUUAAAAAAAAACCUUAGGCUGACAAAUUGUUUUAUUGAUUUUAGGUAUACUUAGCUUAAAAAAUUGAACAAGUAAUGUAAUGGAAAAGUUGGUAGAUACAACAAAGAGAGUUGUUAUAUGAAAAAAAAACUGAGAAGAAAAUGGACAGUUUGUGUCAAGAAUACGGUCAUCAUGUUAAUUUAAAAAAAAAGAUGAAAAAAAAAACAAAA